CCUACGGCAAGGAACGCUUGUCUGCGUUCUGUGCAGCAAUGCUGUGGCUAGCCUUAUCUUUCAUUAUCUACGCCUCUUUUGUCGUCCUCAAUGCAAGGGCCUUCCGGCUGCUCUCUCCACACCGGCGGCGGAGCAUCGAUGCCACCCACAACCCACCCAGCAGCAAAGGCAGCAAUGCAGCCUUCAUCUCCCUAAUCCCCUCCCGUCCCUCCUUCGCCACCUCGCGCUUCGCCACCUCAACCAUGCCCAUAUGGCCACCGUCUUUCACGAUCUUGUCAGCGGUGGUUUAUGCCGCAGACGGCGAUGAUGAGGAUGAGGAUGAUGACAACGGCAGCCUGACGGUGCUGCCUCUCACACUCGAUCUGAGCGACGCCAGCCAGAAGUCGCUGGAGGAGCGGAUGCGGCAGCUGGGCAUCGACGAGGCCGACCUGAUAGAGAAGUUCAUCAGGGGCGGCGGCAAGGGCGGCCAGAAGAUCAACAAGACGUCCAACUGUGUCAUGCUCCAGCACCAGCCCACCGGCGUGGUCAUCCGGUGCCAGGCUGAGAGGUCGCGGACGCGGAAUAGGAUAGCGGCCAGGCAGCUGCUGCUGGAGAAGCUGGAGGCUCGAAUCAAGGACCAACAGAGGAAAGAGGAAUACAAACGACAAGUAAGUGGCGUGGCGUGCAGUGCACAUGUGGGUGGGUUGCUGGGGGGGUGGGAGGGAGGGGUGGUGAGGCAUAUAAUAGAGAACAACCUGACAUGCAUUCAAUCGUCUGCCGGCCGGGAGGACACAUGUGUGUGCGCACUUGUGUGUGUGUGUGUGUGUGUGUGUGUGUUGUGUAUCAGAAAGAGCUGCGGCGUGCCCGUCAGCCGACGGAGGGUCAGAAGCGCAAGACCAGGGAGCAGAACAUCCGGCGGUCAGAGAUAAAGAAGUGGAGGGCCAAGAGCAGGAACCCAUCAUUCGACUGACUGACUGACUCACUCACUCACUCACUGACUAGCCGGCUCACUGGGCGCCUCACUGGCGGACGGGGCAAGGGUGGGGACGACGGCUUCGACUGUGAAUGACAGUCAAUGUGAGGCGGCGACACUAACUAAGAGAAUGGAACGAUGUCACACUGAGCAAGGGAGCGAUGUGGUUCGGCGUGAGUGAUGGGAACUCUAAGGCAGAGAUCUUUUGUCUGUGAAGAAAUGUGACGCUCUGAUGCGUGGCGAGUG